GUAAAGACAUUUUCGAUCAAAACCUCGAGCUGUCGUUUUUCAGCUGUGUGCUCCGCGGAAAGGCCCGGUGAGAGUUGGCGGUUAUUUACUGAUAUAAACGGUAAUCCGCUGUUUUUGUUAUGCGGGAUAUUUAGCGCUGUGUUCGAGAUAUAGAGAGACGCGGAGGGAGCGGGUCUGGCGGAGCGGAGCUGCGUUGUUUAGCUCGGCUGCUGCAGGAGAGCCGCGGGAGUGUUAUGACAUUCCCUUUGUCUGAAUUAACGGGGCGUUUGGUCGUGUUUUGGUGGUAAACCCGUCGUGUCGCGCGUGUUCUGGGUUUAUUUGGUCGUUAGGUUAGUCCGCUUUACUCGGUCGAGGUUCGCGUGGAGCGGAAUAAUCAGCCAUGUCUCUGCACGGCAAGAGGAAAGAGAUCUAUAAAUACGAGGCGCCAUGGACCGUGUACGCGAUGAACUGGAGCGUCAGACCCGACAAGCGCUUUCGGCUCGCGCUCGGCAGCUUCGUGGAGGAAUACAACAACAAGGUGCAGCUGGUUGGCCUCGAUGAGGAGAGCUCUGAGUUUGUGUGCAGGAACACGUUUGAUCACCCCUAUCCCACCACCAAGAUCAUGUGGAUUCCUGACACUAAGGGGGUCUACCCAGACCUGCUGGCCACGAGUGGAGAUUACCUGAGGAUCUGGAGGGUGAAUGACACAGAGACUCGUCUCGAAUGCCUUCUGAACAACAACAAAAAUUCAGACUUCUGCGCUCCUCUGACUUCUUUUGACUGGAAUGAGGUCGACCCCAAUCUUCUAGGCACUUCCAGUAUCGACACCACCUGUACCAUAUGGGGUCUGGAGACAGGGCAGGUUCUGGGGAGGGUAAACCUGGUAUCUGGUCAUGUCAAGACCCAGCUCAUCGCCCACGACAAAGAGGUGUACGACAUUGCAUUCAGUCGUGCGGGUGGAGGGCGAGACAUGUUUGCGUCUGUUGGAGCAGACGGUUCAGUGCGUAUGUUUGACCUCCGUCACCUGGAGCACAGCACCAUCAUCUACGAAGACCCUCAACACCACCCGCUGCUCCGCCUCUGCUGGAACAAGCAGGACCCCAACUACCUGGCCACCAUGGCCAUGGAUGGCAUGGAGGUGGUCAUUCUUGACGUACGUGUGCCCUGCACGCCGGUGGCCCGACUGAAUAAUCACCGUGCCUGUGUGAAUGGCAUCGCAUGGGCCCCACACUCCUCUUGCCACAUUUGUACUGCAGUAGCGGACGAUCACCAGGCACUCAUCUGGGACAUUCAGCAGAUGCCGCGGGCCAUCGAGGACCCCAUCCUGGCGUACACGGCUGAGGGAGAAAUCAACAACGUGCAGUGGGCGUCCACUCAGCCCGACUGGAUCGCCAUCUGCUAUAACAACUGCUUGGAAAUCCUGCGGGUUUAACAGCGAAGCUGAUACUGGCCCUGAUUCUUCACCAAACGAGAGCAGGGCUAGUGCCAGCGAGAGAGAUGAAGAGGAGGAGGAGGAGGGAGAAGAUAAUAGAGGAGAAGGAGAAGGAGAAGAAGAAGAAAAUGAUGAAGAGGGUGGAGGAGAUGGGGAAGGAGAAGAAGGAGAAGAAGAGGAAGGAGGGAGUGGCUGGUUUCUGUGCUGUUGUAGGGGUCUAGAGGUUGCUGGUGGGUUUGGGUAGGGUGAGUGAGUGAUUAGUGUGUAUGCGUGUGUGUGUGUGGGGGGGGGCGGGGGGGGUUUGUUAAUAGAUGUGUGGUUUUGUUGCAUUUCAUUUAGUUUUGUUUGUCUUUUAUUAUUUUCUGUUGUUAUUUUCGUAUGUUAGACUCACAUCGGGUCCCUUUUCUUCAGUUUGCGAUGUAACUGUUGAUGGCAGGUUCUUAUUUUUGCGAUUAUUGCGAUGAUAUCGAGAUUACGAUGUGUGUAGCAACAUAUCAUCGCAGUGAACACGGCAGACCAGUUUCCAGACCAGUAUAUAUAUGUAUAAAAAGAAAUGCUCUCGAUGUUUCUCAGUGUAAGCACCCUCCGUUUUCAAGUAGAAAAGACUAUAGUUACCCAGCGCCGGCACUGAGAUUACCUUGGAAUGAUGCUUUAUAUUUUAUUAGCUUGUGGCAAAUCUUGAAGUACAAAUCUGCUCAAAUAUGCCAAAACCCUGUUUAAUUUCUGUCUCGCAUCUCAAAACAUGCCAUGUUUUUUUUAAUUUUUUUUUUUUAAACCACGUCAAUGGUAUGCUAUUAUUCAGGUCUGUCAACCACACAUAUAAUGGCUGAAAUUUGCUGCAUUUGAUUGACAGCUGUGAGCAUGCUAAAUAGACUUGAGCUUAGAAAUGUGUAGGGAAUUGUAGUUCAUCCUGACAGUCUGGUCAUCUUAAACUUCAGUUAUUAGCCAAACAUCUUGUAUCCGAAUCAAAAAUAGACUUCUACAAAGUCUAUCGACAAUAUUACUACUACCUUGUUUUUACACUCAUUUACCAUUUCUUUUUUGAGCAUAUAGGAGAACUUUGUAGUUCUAAAGCUAAAGUGAUUGACUGUAGUCCUGUAUCUGUUUCUCUGCAGAUUUUUUAUCCUCUUUUAACCAUGUUCUUCAAUGGUCAGGACCCCACAGAACCACCACAAUGCAGGUUUUAUUUGGGUGGUGCUUUAUUCUGUGUUUGUGUGUGGCGUUCUAGUACAAGUAAGUAUAUCAGACACAGCAGUGCUGCUGACGUUUUUAAACACCUCAGUUUUUUCUCUCCUGAAAACUGUUUAUUUGGGCAAGUAAAGCGUUUCCGUUUAUUUACAAUAAGUUUAGAUAUCCAGAUUUUCACUAACGCUAAAGAUACUUGUAAUGCCGGCGAACUGCUGCACGACAGCGCAACACUGAAGAACCCUGAGUGUUCCAAUAAACCAGCGCGAUAUUAGCUAGCAGUUUGUUCCACGUAGCUAGUUCUACUCCCCUCUGAACGGCCAAAAAGCUAGCGCUUAGCUGGGAAUGCUAAUACUGCUACAGCAGUGCAAAUUAGGGUUAGCAGCAGACUAUAGGCCUGUAAUACUCAUCGUUGAAUGGCGCUAAACGGGUAAUGCCAAUACUGCUGGAGAAACUUCACUGAAACUCUGUAUAAAGCUGCACUUCAGCGCAGCGGAUUUACUGCUCCUUACAACCUGACUGGUAAAAUUCAUACACGAGGCACACCUGAUGAUUUUUGGGGAAAUUAAAGUAUUUUAAGUGGGCCUUAUAGUGCGAAACAUACAGACUAUAAAUUUAAACUAAAGGAUGACCAACACAAACUAUGCAGCUUCUGUCUCUUUACUUUACAUCUACGACAUAGAGACAGGAGUAGGAUGUUAAAAACUCCAGCAGCACUGCUGUGUCUGAUCCGCUGUAGAAGGGAACGACUACAAAGUGAUGGUCAGUGGUGCUUAUCAAAUGGACAAAUGGAGUGUAGAAACAACUGGACUGUGUAACACAAGCCGCUCUUGUCUAUCCAGAAGAAGGAUGGACCAGAAACCAGUCUGGCCUUUUUUAAACGGGUGGUACUUUUAGGGGGAAAAACCCUGAAAAAGUGAGAUUUUUCCAGUCUUUUUUUCCAGAUUUUUCUCACUUGUGUCCUCUCCAAUCUCUUCUCACGCCUCAUCCCUUUCUCUUUUGUUGCCGUUUGGAAGGUCACUCCCUUUCACAGCAUGUUUGUGCUCAAUGUGAGAGAUGUACAUACAUAUAUAAAUAUUAUAAAUAAGCUAGGGCAAUGUUGUGACUCUUUCUUUAGUUCUCCAGAUGAAGUUUGGCGUCUCCGGUCUCGUUGGCUCAGUCCGGGAAACAUUUUGGCUGUGAUGCGAGUUUAUCCUACAUUGUAAUAGUUCUGUGUUGCAGGACAGCUGCAGGUGAAUUUGGUGGAAUGGACGGCUCACGCGAGCUCAUUCUGAUCCAGUCCUAUCUGACAGAGUGCAUAUGUGAUUACAUGUGUGUGCCCAAACGCAGUGUUUUUUCUAAUAAUAAACUUGCAUUGUUCUUCCAGAAAA